AGCGAUUGAAAAAAAAAAAAAAAAAAAAAAAAAAAAGGAAACCGGAGCAAAGAGAGAGCGCGAGGGGGAGAGAAGAGAGAAAUAAGGGAGACAACACUAACUGGGUAGCUAUGGAGAUAGUAGGUUUUCCUGGUAGCUUUCUUUGACAGGUGUCGAAGUGGGGGGGGAUAAAAUAAAAAUAAAAAAGUAUCACAACAGCCUCCCAAGAUGUACGGCAAGGGUAAAGGAGCUGUGGUGCCCUCCGACAGCCAGGCGAGAGAAAAGUUAGCGUUAUAUGUGUACGAGUACCUGCUACACGUGGGAGCACAGAAGUCUGCACAGACCUUCCUGUCUGAGAUUCGAUGGGAGAAGAAUAUUACAUUAGGGGAGCCCCCUGGAUUCCUUCAUUCGUGGUGGUGUGUAUUCUGGGAUUUGUAUUGUGCGGCUCCAGACCGAAGAGAGACAUGCGAGCACUCCAGCGAGGCGAAGGCCUUCCAUGACUAUAGCGCAGCAGCAGCGCCGAGCCCGGUGAUGGGCAACAUGCCCCCGAACGACGCCAUGCCAGGUGGUCCCAUGCCUCCAGGCUUCUUCCAGCCUUUCAUGUCACCACGGUAUCCAGGUGGGCCGCGCCCCGCACUCCGAAUGCCAAAUCAGCCUCCGGGAGGAAUCCCUGGAUCUCAGCCUCUCCUGCCAAACAGUUUGGACCCAACAAGACCGCAAGGGCAUCCUAACAUGGGUGGACCAAUGAGAAUGAACCCUCCUCGAGGAAUGGCCAUGGGCCCACAGAAUUACGGAGGUAUGAGGCCUCCUCCCAACUCCAUGGGCGGCCCCAUGCCAGGGAUGAACAUGGGUCCUGGAGGACGAGGGCCUUGGCCAGGACCUAAUGCUAACUCUAUAGCAUACUCCUCCUCAUCUCCAGGGAACUACGUGGGUCCUCCAGGCGGAGGAGGUCCACCUGGAACUCCCAUCAUGCCCAGCCCAGGUGAUUCGACUAACUCCAGUGAAAACAUCUACACGAUGAUGAAUCCAAUGGGACCUGGAGGCAACAGACCCAACUUCCCGAUGGGACCUGGGCCUGACGGGCCAAUGGGAGCUAUGGGAGCCAUGGAGCCACACCACAUGAACGGAUCACUAGGGUCUGGGGAUAUGGAUGGGUUGCCAAAGAGCUCCCCUAAUAACAUGGGGGGCAUGAACAACCCUCCGGGAACGCCGAGAGACGACGGCGAAAUGGGCGGCAACUUCUUGAACCCAUUCCAAAGCGAAAGUUAUUCACCCAACAUGACGAUGAGUGUGUGAUUUUAUUUUUCCCCUUUUUUUUGUAUUUUUGUUUUUUUCCCUUCCUUAUUUUUGUACCCCUGCACCUGAUUUUUUUUUUUUUUUUUUCCCCUCCUUCUUCAAUUCAAUCCUUACAUCACCUCGGAUUGGACCACCUCCCCUCCUCACACACAAACACACACACACAAACACACAUACUCUGCUCCCCACCUCCACCACCUCCUCCAUACGGGAUCUCCACCCUCCGUGCCCUGCCUCCCCUUUUCUCACCCGGGAACUCUCCGGCCACACAGCCUUCCGGGACGGCCCUCGAGCACGCUGGGACUCUCAUAAAGACGGGCCCUCCUGGAGCAUGCAAGAUGGUCUCCGGUCUGAAUAGGAAGCAGUCACAGAGCAACAGGAAGAGCCUCCUCCUCUCUGACUCCGGCCCCGGCCUCCCUGGCUUCCUGUCAGGUUCUAGACAAUGAGCGAGGGAAGGAGGACAAACAGAGAGAGAGAAGAGGGAGAGGAGACUGGACAUCACAGCCCUCGUCCCCCCGCGAGGACACGGACACGUCGGGUCUUUUAGCAGCUGCCUGGAAGCUUCUCAACCACAACUUUUGGACUUUUUAAACUAUUUUUAUCGUCAUAUUUUCUUGUUGUUCCUCCCCGUGGAUUCAUUCGAGACCUCUUUUUUUUUUCUCCUCCCUCUUUGCCCCAUAUUGUUUUCUCUGUGUGUACAUUUUUAACAGAGGUGUUGUGAUGAUAGGUGAACUUUUAUUAUUAUUUUUUUCCCCCCUCCAUGUUUUUUUUUUUUGUGUAUGUAUUGUAUCAUUGCUAUUUUUAUUAUUGUAUUAUUAUUAAUGAUAUUGUUAUGAUCAUUUUUAAGAUUAGGUUCUAAUUUCUGUCGUUUCUACGGGCACAUUAUUAUGAUGAAGAACGGCGUAUGUGCACACGAAUCUAAGAAAUUAUUUGCUGUGUAACAUGUGAGCCCCCCUGCAGGUAAGAUUAUAUCCAUCACGGUACUCAUUGGUCCUUUUUUUGUUUUGUUUUGUUUUUAAAAAAAAUCUUUCUCACAAUUUUCGCAAAAAAUUUUUAAACUUUGUUUUUGUUUUUGCUCAAUAAUCCAAACCCGAGGAAAAAAAAAAAAGAAGUGGCUCUUGUUUUUAGUAACUUUCAUGCAGUGAAAUGCACAGCUCUAUUUAUUUAUGUACUUUAAAUUUGUCUUAUGAAUCAUGUUACUUUUUUUUUUAUCCCAGUUUUUUUGUUGUUAAACUGCAGAACUAGUAGCAACUGUGUAAAUAUGCAGAUCCAGUCAGCAGCGUCUUCUUCUCUCUCCGUCUGACAUCAUUGGACACCCUCCAUCUGAGCCCUAAAGGUGCUUUAACGUGUCGACCUCCACGACCCCCUUCACCGCCACCGCCACCCUCCCAAACUCCUGCUGCUUUCCCACCGCUGCUGCCCACUUAGGUUACCGUUCACUCUCAUCAUGUGCGUAGGCUGCGUUAUCGUCUCUGCUGACCUGUCGUGAACACUUGGAUCUUUUUUUUGUUUUGUUUUAUUUUGUUUGCUGAUGAGUCCUCAACACACUGUGAUGUAUGUCUGUGCUUUUUACACACACACACACACAGACACACACACCGGUCAGUUUAGCUCACGGACGUUUUCCGUACACGCAACGCUCUCGCUCCCUCUCUCCCGUAAGGUCGCUCCUGGUGAAAGGACUUCUUCUGGCUCUCUGCUUGAUAGGAUCCCUGGUGUUUUUGUUGCUCUGUUGGCUGUUAAAGCGGGUGGCCUCCUUUCCUCUGUCCGACACACACACACACACAUCCCUCUCUGAUUAUUAUGUUUGUUUGUUUUUUUGUACAACUCUCUCCAUCUUAUUGAUUUUUAUUUUUUUUGUAAAUACUGUAAAAUGCAUUUUGAUAUCAUUGACAUGUUUUGAUAUUUUCAAAUCACGACAACAACAGUUGAUCAGAAAACAUGCUGAUUCGGGGCAACUGUACUUGUUCAGAUGGUGUGUCUUUUACUCAGAAACGAUAUGAGGGUGAUGAGAAACAGAAACUGGAGCUGCUAUUAGACUAUUAUGCUAUUUCUUCUCAUCACAGACAAAAACGCGGGGCUUUACUGUUUUAUCGGAGCUGUAGCGUCGAGGCGUCUCGAGAGGAAGACUGGAGGGGAAAUUUUAAGUGUGUUUGAACGCCUUUUUAGCUAACUCACUGUCACACACAUUUAAAAAAAAAAACAAACAAACAAAAAAAAAAUCUUGAACAUGAUGGAGCCUCCGCUGUUUUGGGGGGAAAAAAUUUUGUGAGUGAGGUGGCCAAAAAAACAGCAGCAACAGCAAAAAAAAGAAAAAGGAAAAAAAAGAGGCAUAUUUUCACCGUUUUUGACAGGGAAUUUGCAAAAACAGAGCGAAAAUCGAAGCCAGUUUUUCAAAAAAAAUUAAAUAAAACGCCCACACACACACAUUUUCAGCUUCCACCCUCUUGGACACGACUCAAACCGAAAGCAGGGCACACAGGACACUGUCUCUCAAUCCGACACACCAGGGACCAGAGAACAGACUUUACUAUGAAGGAUUUUUUUUUUUUUUUAUCUAUUUAAAAUAAAAAAAGGGGGGGGACAGGGAGGGUGGGAGAAGAUGUUUUUUGGGGGGAAAGUAAAGAGAGAAAAAAAAAAUAACAGAGAGAUUUGUUCUUAUUGUUGAGAAAGAGGUGGAGAGUGCGGGAACAGGCGAUUCCUCCCCUGUACUUUGAAAUACUGUUGUAUAAAAUGCAGUCAAACUUCUCUCUAUCUUUCUGUCCUGUAAGUAAAGCCGUCACGACGUUGAUCAUUUCUGUAUUUCUAUUGUGCUGAUGUAUAAUACUGUAACAUUCAGGGGUUAGGGAGGGUUAAGAGAGGAAUUUUUUUUGAGGGGAGUAAAAAAUUUUCUGUUCAGUUCCUCAUUUUUCCUCUUGAUGACAAAGCAGUAUUGAAUAUGAGGCAGUCUGUCCUUGGGGAGUUGCUUUGUAUCUCAUGUUAGGGUAGUUUCAGAUCCUAAAUGUCUCGUGUAGUAAAAAAAAUAAGAGGUUCCUUCUUCGUAUGUUUCUUUAUAUUGUAAAGUUUCUUUAGACAAAAAAAUGUUGCUUAUUGGAAAAAAAGGUGGGAAAACUGCAUUGAUAAUAAAUGUAAUUUUUUUUUUUUUUUUGGGUUUUUGUUUUAAUUUUCAUCAAGUUGUCAGUCGUUUUUGCCUGUGUCCCCCUUGUUGUAGAUACAUAUUAAAAACAAAUAAAAUGACUUCACUCCUUUUGCCAUGAA